AUGGAGUUGCAAGGGACUGAGACGCCUUCGCCAUCCCCUCCAAAAUCAUCAAUCUACAAUUUUACAACCGUUGAGUCUGCCUCGAUUCUGGAAAAUUAUAGUGAAAGACAUAAUUUGGAGUUCCUUCGUGUCAGACCACUCGGUGAAAAUAGCACGCAGUUAGGAGGGCUUUUCAGACCCCAACCAAAACGUUCUGCCAUCUACCUAGUUGCCGCCUUUGGUGCAAGCUGUCUCCGGUUUUCCCGGCGUAGUACCAUGCAUGGUUUAAAUCACUUGGCACAAGCAAGGACUGCUCAGCGGCGUCUGUUCUGGUUGUGUAUCUCUCUUGCCUCUUCGUUCGGUUUCUUUUUCAAUCUUUUUUUCCUUGUUGAAAAGUACCUCCAGGUGCCUGUACUGACAAAUGUGUUACAUGACUCGGACAAUUUUAUUUUUCCCGAUGUGACCUUCUGUAACGUCAAUCCUAUCUAUUUCCCUCCCAGCGGAACCCCAGAAUUCGAGAGGAUUAAAGAAAACAUUCGCGAGUUUGAGGACUUUAAGAGGAGCUCGCAUCCCUUCGCCAAGCGUCUUGCUCUCGCGGAUUACUUGUUCAUUAAACGGAAUACUUACUAUGUGCAUCCCAAAUGGCUUACCAUCGUUGAAUGUUCCUACAUGCAAACACCAUGCUCAAGUGAGCACUUCGAUGAAAAAAUCAUCUGGCCAUAUGGCGCUUGCUACACUUUUAACGCCACACGCAUGCCCUACAACAUGAGUCGCGAAAUAUCAACGCGUACACGGUAUAAUCGAUUCAGACCCGACCUUCGCAUAAUCGUAUACAAAGCUCUCGACUUUCCAGAAGGGUAUCGCUUCGACCCGCACGACAGCUUUCAAGUCCCACCGGGCGUUCUGCUAAUGAUUCAUGAACCCAACACCUACCCGCACAUUGGCCACAGCGGAAUUGUAGACGAAUGUACUCAAGUGGAGCUUAAAAUGACUUCAGUGACACAUUUAGCGAAACUGGGCAAAUGUAUUCCCACUCGAACUCGGAUUUCCUACGUCAAUGUUGCAAAAAACGAGUCACAGACCUUCCUGUCAAGUCAGUCAGACUGUCUAGACGCAGAGGUUCAGUCGGCUCUAGCCAAGUACUGUGGUUGUCAGAUGCAUACCAUGCCCGUAAUGUACGAAUUCCACCAUCAACCCUUCUGCUUCUCUGGCGCUCUUGAGCCCACUUUCCUGGAAAAUUGUUUCAACCAGGCCACGGCGUCUGUGGAUAGGAAACAUUGCUUCCUCGAUGUCUGCGAACACUAUACUAUCGACCGGGUGAUUGCACACACGAAGUUCCCUGCCGUGCAAGACCGUCACACGGAAAUGCACUGGCUUCAACUGCUAGCAGAGCUCGAAACUCGUGAGCUCAAACAGUACAACGGAAAGUCCGACCUGGCAAAAAUGGCUUUAAAAAAUGUACAUGACAGGAAUAUAACAUUAGCAGAAGUAGUCAACCUGCGGCAAAUCGAUCUACUGGAUAUUGACUUCGUUAACAGGAACUUCAUGAUGCUUCGUGUCGUGCCCGCCAGUCUUUUCAUGGAUCGUGUUGAGGAAACAGAAGAAUAUCCUUUCAGUCGCCUCCUAAGCGACAUCGGCGGUUGUGUUGGUUUAUGGAUCGGCGCAAGUCUGAUAACGCUGUUCGAAAUUGUCGACCUGCUACUCGACUUCCUAGAUCUCGGAGGCAUUGGAGGACCAUAUCCUAGUCAGUAUCGAAAUCAACCCAAGGAUUCAUCGGAUUUACCCAAGCGACCCCUUGUAAAUACUGGAUCAGGUGGCCCACAAUGCAGCCAGAACAUUUCUGGAGGGUGUCAGUAUGCACAAAAUAACGUUCGAAAUAGUGCCUCCGUAAUUAUAAGCCCGUCAUCUUUGGGAGAAAAAGCUGUCCAGUUUUUAGAAAAACGAACUGUUAUACCCCUUUUUUACACGCCUAACGUGGACAACAAUAAGUAG